GAGAUAAGGGGAGACGCGUACACACGUGCAACACUGGCUGGUCCGAGUGACGCAUGUUAAUAGUAAACAUUACACGGUUUCUCAACAAUUUAAGGAUGUUGUCUUCCCAGCUAAGCAAUUUUACGCCAGUGCUUGUGCUCAGCGUGAAGAGUCAGCAAGCCGGCAAACACUAUGUAAACUACCUGUUGACGGCAUGCAUCGUCGCCGUGGCGACGAUAACCUUGACCGCAGACGCGGCGCCGCUCGCGUCCACAGCUGCUGCCAAAUCUACGGGUAAAAAUGACGUCACAUCGCCGACGUCCGAACAGCCGCAGCCGAGAUCGGCGCGGAGCAUACGGCUUCACUACUGGCAGCAUCCGUGCGGACUCGACGUGACGGCCGACGCGUCCAAGUCCGUAGAAACGCAGCACAUGAAAGUGGUGCGGCGAGCCGUCGUGGCGCUGGAGAUGGCGGCAAGCCUGGAGACGGAUCUCGUGAUUCACAGGUGGAGCGAAAGUUUUCCACCCACAGUUGCUGAUGAUAGUCUACCAUGGCUCCCUACCCCGCCUGUUGACGUUGACGAAGCCUACCUGGAUGCUGCUUACGACCAGUUUUUCAUCGAACAGCCGAAAAUGUACGAGCACCUGCAGAUUUUCGCGGUUAACUUCGAUCAGAUAUACGUCGAUGAGCUGAAGCUUGCGGCCGACGGUAAGGUCGACCCAACGUUCACCGACGAAUACUCCAGUUUGAAGAUGGAGCUGAAGUGGCUUCUAUGUAACAUCAGGGUAGACAUGGUCAUGAUGGGGCACAAAGAGAAUCUGCCAGCCGUGACUGAGGCCGUGAUGCCGGAUGAAGCACGCGACAUGUCCAAUCUAUCAGAACGCGAUUUCCGUGAUUAUAUCACUAUUCGCGACUACGUAAAACUUUUGGAAUACGUGUCCGCUCUCUACGCCACGGCAGCAACAAGCAGUCAGAAAUAAUAUAUGAGAAAGAGGGAGAAAGAAAGAGAGAUAGAACGUGAGAAAGAGCGAGAGUGUGUGUGUGUGCGUGUGAGCGAGAGUUAAAAAGAACAUUGACUGUACUUAUGUUACUAAAUGUAACUGUAUCAUAUAUACACACAUGCCCAAUCUUAAGUUAUUACUAGAUAGCUAUUAUUUAUUUUUCACGCCUUGUAAAUACGAAACAUAGUAAAUUAUUGUCAUUGUUAUGCAUUUUACAUUCCGGGGUAUGUGACGAAACGAUAGUGAAUUACAGAAUGAAUUCAGGGUCGGGAAUAUUUUUGUACUUUUUGUAGCCGCUUGUAGAUUGUGACCAAGUACCAAGUACCAAAGCGGUCGUUGGUAAGGUUAGUGUGAGCAAUGUGCUGUACUACAUGAGACGAGCACAUAUACGCGUUUUCUGUGGGUCUUCAAGAUUAUUGCGUCCGAUAUUGAAAAAAAAACUAUUAUUAACCAGUUAAUACACGGGCUUGCUUGAUAGUGCAAUGAACCGUAUUUUCCGAAGUUUGUCAUCUGAAACGAGAGACACGACGCAUUUCCGGAAGUUCAGGGAGUGGUAGGUUGAGCAGUGACGUAGGUGGCUACGUUUACAUAUUAGCCACCGGCAUCCUGACCCAUCCUGUUGUGGGGGUGGAUGCUGGCGCGAGUGAUGAAAUCAUGGAGGCACUUAGUUGCUGCUAUUACCUACUGCUUGGUACCUCUGUGCUGUGAUACAGGUUAAUAUGAGACAACCUUGGUGUAAUAAUACAGGCCGCUGCUCCCUACGUGCGUGCGCAGGUGCUAUACGUGAUCGUUAUAACCAUACUAGAGCGAUGGGCGCGACAUCUGAUGUCCGCACAUGCUUCAUGCUAUUGCACUGAAAUGCUCAAUAAUAUUACUGCUGAUGGCAGACGGUCGUUCUGAUUCGAACUGUUUAUUAUAGAGCGUGUUAAUAUGUUAGUAUAAAUGGAUUCGUAUUGACAAAAUCGAAGAUAAUCGUACCAAAGCUGGAUGUAUAUCUAAUAUUUCAGUGCAUAUAUAGCUACUGAUUUCGAUGUCAACCGUUGUGUACCAAUCGUUGAAAAUGUGGCGUUAUUAUAAUUUAUUCGUGGCCUAAUAUCAGUUCAAUGUUAAUAUAAGAGAAACAGAGGAAAACUAGUCAAGCAUUUGAUCACAGAGCAGUUCAGUGAUAGAAGCUGUAAUUGGCGGAUGUUAUAUGUUAGCCUUAUGAAGGUUCAAACCUACGGGCACGAUGAGAAUGGUAUUUAUUUUUGUAUAUUUAUAUAGCUAAAACUUAAGUUGUAAUAAUAAUUAUAAUAAUUAUAAUAAUAAUGUGUUAUUGAAACAUA